AUGCUGGUGAAACUAUAUACAACACGCAGAUCUAUCUAUCUAUCUAUCUAUCUAUCUAUCUAUCUAUCUAUCUAUAUAUAUAUAUAUAUGACAAAAUCGCUACACAAUUACAGGCUAUCUAUUUGCUUUCUAUCUAUCUAUCUAUCUAUCUAUCUAUCUAUCUAUCUAUCUAAGACUUAUCAUUAUCAAUGUGGCUUUUCUAGCUAUCUGCAUGCAUUAUCUAUUUGUUUUCUAUCUAUCUAUCUCAGUCUGUUCAUAUCUAUCUAUCUAUCUAUCUAUCUAUCUAUCUAUCUAUCUAUCUAUCUAUUUAUCUAUCUAUCUGUCAGUCGGAAUGGUGAUGAUGGUGAUAGUGGUGAUGAUGGUGGUUGUGGUGAUGAUGGUUGUCGUGGUGAUGAUGGUUGUCGUGGUGAUGAUGGUGGUAGUGGUGAUGAUGGUUGUCAGGGUCAUGAUGAUGGUAGUGGUGAUAAUGAUGGUCGUGGUGAUGAUGAUGGUAGUGAUGAUGAUGAUGAUGGUAGUGGUGAUGAUUGUCGUGUUGAUGAUGGUGGAAGUGGUGAUGAUGGUGGUCGUGAUGAUGAUGAUGGUAGUUGUGAUGAUAGUGGCCGUGGUGAUGAUGGUGAUCGUGGUGAUUAUGGUGGUAGAGGUGAUGAUGGUGGUCGUGGUGAUGAUGAUGGAAGUGGUGAUGAUGGUGGUCGUGAUGAUGAUGAUGAUGAUGAUGAUGAUGAUGAUGAUGAUGGUAGUGGUGUGGGGGGAAUGGUUGCCGUGCCCGGGCCGGAACGACUCGGUAUUUAUUUUUCAGUCUUUGCAGAUCGAACUCGUUAA